AUGAAGGACCAAAAUAAACAGAAAGGCUCUACGGCCAAAACUAGAUCUGGGACAAAGAAGAAACUGUCAUGUGAAAAACAUAGUAACCAUGCCGGAAAUUCCAAGAAAUCGAAGACUCCAUUGACCUAUGAGAAAUGGGUAUCGUCAGCAAUCAGCGGUGGUGUCAAAGGUAUUCGACGAGAAUACGUAGAUUCGGUUCGCAGUUAUGCACCAGUAGGUUCUCAGAAAGCCUGGAACUCUGAGAAAAACUGCAUCAAAAACCGAUACGAUGACAUCAGAUUGCUUGACAAGACCCGUGUUGUGCUCAAGGAUACCCCUGACAAUAACGAUUACAUCAACGCUUCAUACGUGAUUGCCGGGGAUACCACGUUUAUCUGCACUCAAGGGCCAAUGGAAAACACUAUUCAAGAUUUCUGGAUUAUGUCUGUUCAAGAACAAGUCAAGGUGAUUCUGCAACUGUGCAAAUAUAAUGAAAACGGAAGGGAGCAGUGUGCUGAGUACUUCAAAGAUGAAGAAACAUGGGUGAAAUACGGUUCUGUACGCGUACGAACCCUUGAGAAAUCAAUAAACGUUGCACAUCUUAAGAAAGUUACACGCACACUACUACAGGUGGAAUAUAAAGGCAAGAGGAUUGAGGUGACGCACAUAUUAUAUGCCGGUUGGCCUGACCAGUCGGUGGCAGAAUCAACAUCCAUUUGUAGAGAAGUACGACGUCUCGUCUUGGGACUUAGCCAGCAAAAACCCGUCAUUGUCCACUGUAGCGCUGGCGUUGGAAGAACUGGAACAUUCGUGACGCUUGAAAUGGCUAUUAGUCUCUUGAAAAAGAAAGAAUUUGUACCGAUGGUAGAAAUAGCCAAACGAGUUCGCAAUCAACGCAUCGGCGCAAUACAAAAUGACCAACAGUACUUAUUCAUAUAUCGCAUGAUACUGGAAAUACUGAUUUAUGAAGAUCUACUAUCUAGAACUGAGCAAAUCGUGAACUUCAUUAAAGAUUACAACGACCUGAUACGACGGAAAUGUAAUGAAAGGGCAAGGAAAUUCAUGAAAAAAUCAAAAGAGAAAGCUAUUGCUUCCUAG